UUCAGAGUCCUGCCAUAGAAACCAAACAGGUGGGGCACCUACGGCAGGUGUAUUUGACUAUCAAAUAGCAUAGAGAAGCUGCUCUCACAUUCACAGAACCAGAGACGACGGGUAGCACAAGGGAAUCAGACUACAUGAAAGCAGCCCGAUGAAACAUGAACUGGGGAUUCCUGGAGAAUGUGUUAAGUGGGGUAAACAAGUACUCGACUGUCGUCGGACGGGUUUGGCUCUCCAUCCUCUUCGUGUUCCGGAUCCUGGUGUAUGUGGCCGCUGCCGAGCAGGUGUGGAAGGACGAGUUCAAAGACUUCAUCUGCAACACGCAGCAGCCGGGCUGCGAGCAGGUUUGCUUCGACCACUUCUUCCCUAUCUCUCAAGUGCGCUUAUGGGCCAUUCAGCUCAUCAUGGUGUCCACUCCCUCACUCCUCGUGGCUCUGCACGUGGCUUACAGGGAGCACAGAGAGAGCAAGCACAAGAGGAGGCUGUACCAGGACAAAGGCAGCAUCGACGGAGGGCUGCUCUUCACCUACAUUAUGAGCCUGGUCCUCAAAACAACCUUUGAGGUGGCUACUCUACUGGCUUUCUACUUCCUGUACAGCGGCUUCCACGUUCCCCGGUUGCUCCAGUGUGAAGAGAGCCCCUGUCCCAACACCGUGGACUGCUACAUCGCAAAAGCCACGGAAAAGAAAAUCUUCCUUUACAUUAUGGGCUGCACGUCUAUACUGUGUAUUAUGCUGAAUGUGGUGGAGAUGGUGUAUAUAAUAUCUAAACAGUGCUGGAAGUGCUUCAGCAAGAGGUACGCUCCUGUGCACAACAGAUGUAGCCGGCCUCCCUCCACGUUCACUCUCGGCUCACCACAGCCACUGUCUGUGUCGAAGGAGGAAGGGCUUCAUUCUGCUCCGACUGGGAAGGAAAGCCUCACGCUUGCUGCUGCAUGAACUCUUGGGACUGUUCGACUUAUUCAUGCAUACAAAACCUGUUAUUUCCCACUGAAGGCACAAAUGCAAAUAACUUAUAAUAUAGUCAUGUGUAUAGCUAUGAUAGAAUGAACUUUUAAAGAGGAAGAGAAAACACUUCCCAUACUUUUGUUGUACUAUCUAGGCAAAUUAGACAGACGUCAUCAUGCCCUCAUUCUCGCAAACCGUCAACAAAACUACUCAAGGUCAAAGAACAUACAAGCCAGAAGGCAUUAAAUACAGGUUCGUUUGAAACAAGGGUAUGUUUCUUAACAACAGUGUUUUGUGCUGAGAAUCAAAUCAUUUAUUUAUUAUUUUCAUUUAGCAUAUAGUUGGACCUGUAAAGCUCAUGGUAAUGUUAAUAUAUUUUUGUAUGAUAAACAAUUGUGGUAAUGUCUAAUGCAAUACCAGAUGAGAAGCACUGGGAUAGACUUUACUUACGAGUACUGUUUCAUUUAAUAUGUCUAAAAUAAACAUCCUUGUCGGAUAA